CACUCACUCUCAAAUCAACAAAACCAACCUACUUCCACACUCUCUCUCUCUCUCUCUCUCUCUCUUCCAAUGGCUGCCAUUGUUUUCCUCCACAUUGCUUCACUGGUCUCUCUUUUUGUUUCAACAAGUGCAAGAAUCCCUGGAGUUUACACUGGUGGCUCCUGGCAGAGUGCUCAUGCCACUUUCUAUGGUGGCAGUGAUGCCUCUGGAACAAUGGGUGGUGCUUGUGGGUACGGGAAUCUGUACAGCCAAGGCUACGGCGUGAGCACGGCGGCGCUGAGCACAGCACUGUUCAACAACGGUUUGAGCUGCGGCGCGUGCUUCGAGAUCAAGUGCGACCAGGAUCCGCGGUGGUGCAACCCCGGCAACCCUUCGAUCUUGAUCACUGCCACCAACUUCUGCCCUCCCAACUUCGCUCUUCCCAAUGAUAAUGGCGGCUGGUGCAACCCUCCUCGCCCCCACUUCGACCUCGCCAUGCCAAUGUUCCUCAAGAUCGCCCAGUACCGCGCCGGAAUCGUCCCCGUCGCAUAUCGCCGAGUGGCAUGCAGAAAGACAGGAGGCAUCAGAUUCACAAUCAACGGUUUCCGUUACUUCAACCUGGUGCUGAUCACCAACGUCGCAGGUGCAGGAGAUAUCGUGCGCGUGAGUGUUAAAGGAAGCAAAACCGCGUGGAUGAGCAUGAGCCGUAACUGGGGGCAAAAUUGGCAAUCGAACGCGGUUUUGGUGGGCCAGGCCCUCUCCUUUAGGGUUACCGGCAGUGACCGUCGCACAUCAACCUCGUGGAACGUGGCAGCACCUAAUUGGCAGUUCGGACAAACCUUCACCGGGAAGAAUUUCAGGGUUUAAAUGAAAGGGAGAAAGAAAAUAACUAUACCCCUAAUAUUUUUGAGUUGUUUGUUUGUUUCCGUUUCUCCCCUUCUUCUGACUUUCCUCUAUUUUCCCGGAAUGUCUAGAAUUAGGGUUAGGAUUAAAAAAGUAAAAAUGUAGUUUUAGGAGGAGUAAAAGUGAAAGUAAGGUUAUUUAUAUUAUAAUAAAAUAAUAUAAAUAGGUAAUAUAAAUGUAAGUGGGGGUGUUUGCAUUAAAUAUGAAUUAUUUAAUGUAUGGGCAAUGUUGGUAUAUAUUAAUUACCCAACAUUAGCAACCCUUAUUUUUUUUCUUUGUUUAUUUCAAGUGUGAGGGGGCUGAGGAGGUUGCAAGGAGGAACAUGUAGCCCGCAGCUCUGGCUUUAAUGUUGACAUAAAUGUACUAUUAUAUAUUAUAUAAAAUAAAACAAUAUUUCAGUUCCUAUAAAUAUUGUUUUAAUAAA